CAAAGAGAAAAUAAUUUCCAUCGAGAAAAAAAAAAAGAAAAAGAAAAAAAGGGGAGUGGAUUCAGUUAUGAUGAGAAAGGUAAGGUAUGACCGUUAGUUAGGCUUUGAUGAAUGAAAGAACAAGUAACAGAACUAAACUCUGAGAAGGCGUUGAUCAUCGAUCAUCAUCAUGAAUACGAUCUUAGCUAUCUCCCUUAUCAUAUAACAAACCUCAGUCCAUGCAAUGCAUUAUUACAAAUUCCCAAUCAUGCAUUCAUCAAUCUUUACCAAUUAUCCUCUCAUUUCCUCCAUCGUUGCUUUCUUCAUUGCUCAAUCCAUCAAGUUUUUCACCACUUGAUAUGCAGGUACAAGGAAAGAAGAUGGGACGUGAAGCAAUUUGUUGGGUCUGGUGGAAUGCCAUCUUCUCAUUCAGCAACUGUCACUGCUCUCACUGCUUCCGUUGGCUUCCAAGAAGGAUUUGGAGGACCUCUUUUUGCCACCGCCUUAGUUUUAGCUCUUAUUGUGAUGUAUGAUGCCACCGGUGUAAGAUUGCAGGCAGGACGCCAAGCAGAGGUUCUGAACCAAAUUGUAUACGAACUUCCUGCUGAACAUCCUUUGGCCGAAAGCAGACCACUUCGUGAGCUUCUUGGACACACACCCCCUCAGGUCAUGGCCGGUGGGUUACUUGGAAUAUUAACUGCAGUAAUUGGUCACCUAAUAACCGUGGCUAGUAGUUAAAAUUCAGGUCAUGCCAUAGUAUAGAAAUGGAAACACUACUCUCUAGUCUUAAACCGUCUUCACUCAAAAACAAGUCACCAUUUUCAUACACUUGACAGAUUACAGGAUUUUCAUGUAAUGGAAAUAUCUGUUAUGGAGCCAUUUUUUUUUUAACUUCUCUUCUAUUUAGUGUGUUAUGUUUCAUAAAUUUACAAUGGAACUUUGUGCUUACUUUGAUUAAGAUUAAGUAGUCACUCUUGUAUUCCACUCUGGUUACUUUGAUUAAAGACAGAAUGUAGUUGUUUGCUUCUCCACAAAACUCAUUUCAGUAUUUUGUGGUUAAGAAAAUGUGAAAUUCGGAUACAAAUUGGAAAACCAGCCCAUUAAACGGUUCAA